AUGUGCUACUCCGAGUACUACGCAGUCAAUCGAAGCGGAGCCAUCCGACAGUACUACGACCGAUUCUGUGUGCACGAAUCGCACUGUCUCUACCGGGGAAUCGACGUGUCGUGUCCCACUUUGGGGCAACUCGACCAUAAAAUGCAGGUGCGAGAAUUAGGGGAAAACAUGACAAUUUAAGAGAGAGAACGCCCCAUUUUCAGAGUCUUUUCACAAAACAUCACGCCAAAAGCAACGUUCAUUCGAUUCGCUUUUCCGAGUUUUGCUGUUGCUCCACGAACCUCUGCAACGACGUCAACCACAAAAGGGUGAGCGAUGAUCAUAAAUGCAUCGGAAGAUGUUCGACAGCCGAAGACGCACGUCCGGCGGCGCUCUUUCUGAUCAGGAUAUCCGGGGGAAACGAAUAUUAUCCGAUCUGAUUACCGACAUCAGAAGAUCUUGUUUUCAGGUGUACGAUAAGUAUGGCCUGCAGAUCACAUUCGCCGACAACGUGUUCACGGACGCCUCUUGCAGCCGAUCGAACAUCACCUCCCUUCUCUUCCUCAUUUGCAUCUCAUUUUAUUUGGUUUUCUAUUUUUGA